AUGAGUAAGGUAGGAGACUCAAACAAGAAGUUCCACGUGAACUCAAGCGGCUUGCUGGGGGCAGAGUCGCUGGAAAAUUUGACUAGUUCACUGGAGAAGUCUUUCUUGGCUUCACCACGUACCUCCCCAUCAAGACCACGUAAAACUCGCAAAGAAACACAAAUAUCGCCCUCUCUAAGGAUAAAUCCUCAAUCCCAAACUCCAGCGGGGUUCAGUCCUGCAGCAUACGAAAUAUCCAAGAAGUUUGGCAAGUUCACAGAGAAAUUCAGCUUCGGCUCGCCCCGAAGCGCGGUCAGUAACUCGGGCAGCUCACUUGCCUCUCGAAAGGAUCAAUCCAGGCUCUUGCAGAGCGGGUAUGUGACCUCUCCCAGGUUCCAAGAAUCAUCGAAAUCGCCCAAUAUAUGGGUUACGCCAACAUCGUCGCAUCAAGGCUCACCCGAAUCAAAACGCAAGAACUCAAUACCGGACUCGUGUAUUUUUUGUGAUCUGCCUCUGCAAUCUAUGCUGCUAUAUAAAUCAGAGAACAUGGACCCUGAAGGUAUCAUAGAACUUAAGUGUCAACAUAGCUGCCAUGAGAAAUGUCUCCUGCUGGAGAUGGAAUUCGCCAAUAUUUCCAAGUUGCAAUCGACAGCUUCAGUGGCACCUGUGUAUUUCCCUCAUUGUUCCAAAUGUCAUCAAAACGUGCGGGCAGUUCCUGCAUCCCAGGUAGUUGCCGACCAAAUGAUCACCAAUAUCUUGACAGUGCCUUUCAGAAAACCGGAGCCUGUACAUAGUGUUCAUUAUCGGCAGACAAACUCUCAACCGAGCUCGAAUGGAUCUUCUCCAAGGGUAACACAGCGCAACAGGGCCGAACAAUGGGCGCCCCAAAGACACUCAAAAAAGCUUUCGCGCGGCUCAUCUAUCUCCGCUGUAUCCUCGGUCAUAUCAUCGGUUUCCGUACAAGCAGUUCCGGAACUAGGCAGCACGACAACUUUGCCUUUGGAUUCCUCAAGGAUGAAGAGCUCAUGGACGAGCGAUUUCCCAAUAUAUCUUUUGCGGUCGAAAUUCGUCAGGGAGUUGAUUAUGCUACAAUCCCAGAAAUUCGGUACGGUUAGGCUUAAUAAGUUGGCGAUAGACUCAUUGGGUGAUCUACGUCUUGUUGACAAGUUGCAGGUAAGUGAAGACCUUGUGAUGUGGGAUGAGUGCUACUGCUACCUGUUUGAGCGCAUGUUCGUACUUGUGGAUCUAUGCGCUAGCAAGAUCAAGACUUAUUCCGUGGACCACUCUCUGAAAUCUCAAAUACCUUCGCCAACAGUGGUGAAGGUUCAGUUCGACUUCCAGGUGCUUUAUUUGACUUGUUCGGAGGAGGAGGUUCUGGAAAAAUGGGGAGUGGCGUUGGCCAACCUCAACACGGAAUUUCCUAGCGGUUUGAUUACCACCACAGUGAAAGAGGACGAAUUUUACGAAAUACUCAAAUUUAACGAAACCGAAACACCCCAGCAGCUUCCGCCAGGCGUGAACCCAAAAUUCUACGAAGCUACCAUCAACUCGCUGGCGUUCAGUCGUAAGCCGAAGGCAAUGGUCAUCGUAAUCAACCAACUAAUUCCGUCGCCCCAUUCCUUGGUAUCCAUUAAAAACAUUGUGCGCAGUUUAUUAAUGGUCAAGAUUCAGAUUUACAUGAUAUUCACUUCUUCUUUGCAGUUGUCUCCCGAGUCGCAGGUGUUGACCACGCUGAGCUUUGACAGCAGGGUGGAUGAUGAAGAGAAGGAGGCUCUUUUCAGUAAGAUCGACGAGUACCAGAAGUUGCUAAACGAUGUGACUCCGACUGCAGACGAGAAUAAGGUCCACUGGGCAAUGGACGAUACGCUCUCAGCAAAAUUACAGAACUUAAGAGACAAGUGUCCUGAUCCUGAGCUUGACGACCUCGCUACCGUGGUGUUGUCGGUUACUCCGCUGAGCGAACUGAACCGGCUCCCCACGUCGAAAAACAUUUUUGUUGAAAUAAGCACGCCCCCAAAUCUGAACGUAUCGCAUAGAAGGUCGAGUGUUUUCAACGUCGCUGGUUGGGAGGAUGCCAUGGAAGCCAUAUGCAGCUAUAUUGGUCUAGAAUUUGACGACAGUGACUUCGAAUAUACCUCUGACGAAAAUGACGAUGAUGAGCGCGAGAAGCCAGCAGAAAUUGGCGUUGGCUUGGCCUCUAACCAGGCCAAGGAGGGACCAAGAUGGAGCACAUUAUUACGAGAUUUAGAUAAGGCAUUGGAGGAAACAAAAAGUCGCUCCAGUAGAUAG